AAUGUGUGCAUGCUGUAAUAUUUAUAGAAAAUCAAAAAAUAGUUACUGAAAACAAAAUGUUACGAUAUUUAAAUAAUUUGAAAAGUUUUCGAAAUAGUUUGGCUGUUUUACAAAUAUCCGAAACUGGCCGCUAUUCCCAUGUCUCACGAAAUUGCGUUUAUAUAAAUUCAUUUUCUUUUAGGUAUUUCCACAACAAUGUUCAAUUGAACUGUCAAGAAGACAAUAAAAAACCGAAGACAAUAAAUAAAUUACUCGACCGAAACCACGAUGAAUUGGCUGAUUCCAUAAAAACGAUUAUGUCAAACGUAAAGCAAGGAAAGGUUGAGAGUGCUUUGCAAAUAUAUAAAAAAUGGAGCAAAACAGAAGGAUUUCAUAAGACAGACAUUGUAUAUUUAACAUUGUUGCGAAGUCUUUUAAGUUCAAAACGAAUCGACGAUGCCAAAGCAAUCGUAAUUGAAUUUAAUAGCAACGAAAUAAAAUCAAGCACAACAAAACAAUCUGAUGCAAUUCUCUGCAGUAUAUUUGAUGGGAAUUAUGAAGCGAAUGACUUUAUGUGGUUUGUCGAUAAUAUAAUAUUUACUCAGAAAUAUUGUAAUCAUCGAAUAUUGAACAUAAUUAUGAAAAAUGUAUUGGAAAACGCUAAUUUAGAUGAGACAUGUGAUUUAUUUGGACGCAUUGCUCAUCAAUUCAAAAAGACACCGUUCACUCAACCGAUUGCAUGUGAACUUAUCAAUCGCAAUGAUACCGAUAACCUAGAGAAAAUAUUGACCAUUUUAACAAAAUAUCAUGGACAAAAUAAUUCUAUUCUUCAAAUGGCAUUUGCUUUCAUAACUUGUGGAAGAAAUGAACAAGCCAAACGGAUUUUUAUGUCAUUUGAUGGCAACGAAUUUGCAUCCAAACAAAUAAUGGAUUUUAUUGAUAAUUUAAAAUAUCGACGACAAACAAAAUGUUUGCAUAACUUACUCGAUGCAACCGAAAAUUAUGUAUCGAUUGAAUGCCGAACAAAAAUCUACUCGACACUUUUGGAAUUGUAUGCGAACGAGCCGGAUACAAAUGAAGAAAUACAGAAAUUAGUGGCAGCAAUGAUUGAUGAACAAAUCGUACCGAACGACUUCGAAAAGUCACGAAAAUUAUUGGAACGAAAAAAGAUUGAAAUGCCACAGUUAUGGUACAAAAAUCAUUUGAUGGGCGAUGACGAAGAAAUGUUGCAAUCACAUCUUAGAGCAGAUGAUAUCGAAGAAGCAAACAAAUUUUUCAAUAAAUGUUUAGAAUCUGAAACUUCGCUGCAACGAAAAAUCAUUCGAUAUUGCUUGAAGAAGAAUGCUGAACAUGGACGCAUUGAUAUAUUUGUUCAAUUGAAUGAGAAAUUUGAUGAAUCAACAAAACAACAACUCGACUUUCAUGUACAUGAAUGUGCUGCAUACAUAAAGGCUGGCGAAUGCAAAAAGUAUAUGGAAAUCAUUGAAUCGGCUUCCAGCGAGCAAAAUGCCGCUUUGAAAGUUAUUAACAAACAAGUUGUUAACAUGAUAGAAAGCGAUAAGGAUAUUUAUAAGAGCUAUAUAACGCUGGCCAAACGCUUUGCUGCCAAUGGUCUUGUUAAACCGAUUUGCUUUGCAUGGUUGUAUAAUUUCGUUAAUGACACAAACAAUAAGGAAAAUGAUGAAAUUUGGGAUACAUAUUUAAAACGCCAUCCAACGAUUACUUGCACAAUUAUACCACAAAUUUUAUUUAAACGCAAAGAGACGGAAAAACUUCGUUUAUUUCUGGAUAAAUUGGAUAAAAAACACACUUCCAAAUCUGAAUUGGGCAGAGCAUACAGCUAUCUAAUUGAUAUGCAUUUUUUUUCAGACAAACCUAAUUUUCAGUCAAUAGUAAAAGAGUUAAAAAAAGCAACCAGAUAUAUAGCGUUAAAUGAUUUCAAGCCAAACACAUUGAGUAGAAUCAAAUCAAGUCGAAUUAGUCAAGAAUUUUGGAACAUGAUAAAUAAAAAUUAACGUUCAUUUUAUACAAUGUGAAGGAUGGUAGUGACUUUGGUAAAAAAAACACCAAAGAAGGAGUCUUCAAAACGAGAUCCACAAAGUUCAUACGAUGAUGUCGGCCUCAGAGUCAAGCGCUUGCACGAUACGAUGUUUCGGUUCAAUGUUUUGAAGAAACCAAUUUGGCAUGCGAAGUAGAUGAUCCAAUCGGCGUUCUCAUGUUGUAUUUUUAUUUUAUCAUUUACAUCUUAGUUAAUAAAU